CCUGCUUUCUUUUGUUUAAUUUAUCCAACCCAGUCAUUCUUUCCACCUCCAAAACUUCCAGGAUGAAGUACGCUGCUGUUCUCACCGCCGUUGCGGCUCUUGCCCAGCAGGCUCUCGCCGUUGGCGUCUCCGGCAGCCCCGUGGGUUUCGCUGCCUCGGCCACUGGUGGUGGCUCUGCCACCCCCGUCUACCCCUCCACCACCGAUGAGCUGGUCUCAUACCUCGGUGAUGACGAGGCUCGUGUCAUCGUCCUUAGCAAGACUUUCGACUUCACUGACACUGAGGGAACCACCACUGCCACUGGCUGUGCUCCUUGGGGUACUGCCUCUGGCUGCCAGGUCGCUAUCAACAAGGAUGACUGGUGUAACAACUACGAGUCGAGCGCUCCCUCCGUCUCGGUUACCUACGACAACGCCGGCUCUCUCGGUAUCACCGUCGGUUCCAACAAGUCCCUGAUUGGUGAGGGUACCAAGGGUGUCAUCAAGGGCAAGGGUCUCCGCAUGGUCAACGGUGUCUCCAACAUCAUCAUCCAGAACAUUGCCGUUACCGACAUCAACCCUAAGUACGUCUGGGGUGGUGAUGCCAUCACCCUUGACAAGGCUGAUCUCGUCUGGAUUGACCACGUUACCACUGCUCGUAUUGGUCGCCAGCACUACGUCCUCGGUACCGAUGCCGACAACCGCGUCUCUAUCACUAACAACUACAUCGACGGUGAAUCCGACUACUCCGCCACCUGCGACAACCACCACUACUGGAACGUCUACCUCGAUGGCUCCAGCGACAAGGUCACCUUUGCCGGCAACUAUCUGUACAAGACUUCUGGCCGAGCUCCUAAGGUCCAGAGCAACACCUACCUCCACAUCUACAACAACUACUGGAACGACAACUCUGGACACGCUUUCGAGAUCGGUUCUGGCGGCUACGUCCUCGCCGAGGGUAACACCUUCGCCGAUGUCACCACUGUCCUCGAGUCCAGCUCCUUCAAGGGUGUUCUCUUCGCCUCUGACAGUGCCUCUUCCACCUGCUCGUCCUACAUCGGCCGCUCCUGCGUCGCUAACUCCAACGGCGGUGAUCUUACUGGCAGCUCCACCACCGUUCUCGGUGUCUUCAAGGGCGAGUCCCUCCCCACUCCCAGUGCUGCCAGCACUGGCCCCGCCUCAAGCGCCGGCCAGGGUAACCUGUAAGCGGGAUUGCUUGUUGGGAUGCUAUUGUAGUGCGGGGGUUCGCGCCCUCGUGGAGCAAACCGGAUGGCAUCUGCUGUUACGCAGCAGGAAGAGUGAUGAGUUCGCUUCUAUCUUAGCCUAAUUGAUAAUCUAAUUCUGAGAUGGACCACAU